UACAAGUCUUCAAGCCUUCAUCUUGUGUUGGUGGACUGUAUCAUUGCACUAUAUUGCUGAGAGAUCAAAACACACAGAAUAUCAGAACAUGGGUAUUGCUGCUUCUCUUUCAUGUCUCCUGUUCUUCACCACCAUCCUUCCGGCCUUAACAGCUUCUCCAAUAUUGUUUCAGGGUUUCAAUUGGGAAUCAUCCAAAAAGGAAGGAGGGUGGUACAACUUCCUCAUCAACUCCAUUCCUGAACUGGCUGCUUCUGGAAUCACUCAUGUUUGGCUUCCUCCACCCUCUCAGUCUGUUUCACCUGAAGGGUACAUGCCAGGAAGGCUUUAUGAUCUGAAUGCAUCCAAAUAUGGCACCCAAGAUGAACUGAAAACACUGAUAAAGGUGUUUCACAGCAAGGGGGUCCAGUGCGUAGCAGACAUAGUUAUAAACCACAGAACUGCAGAGAAGCAAGACGCAAGAGGAAUAUGGGCCAUCUUUGAAGGAGGAACCCCAGAUGAUCGCCUUGACUGGACCCCAUCUUUCAUUUGCAAGGACGACACUCCUUAUUCCGACGGCACCGGAAACCCUGAUUCUGGAGAUGACUACAGUGCCGCACCAGACAUCGACCACAUCAACCCACGGGUUCAGCAAGAGCUAAUAGACUGGAUGAACUGGUUGAAGAUUGAAAUAGGGUUUGAUGGAUGGCGAUUUGAUUUUGCUAGAGGAUUCUCCCCAGCUUUUACCAAGUUUUAUAUGGCAAAUACCAGGCCAAAAUUUGCAGUAGGGGAAAUUUGGAAGUCUCUUUCUUAUAGAAGUGAUGGUAAGCCAAGCUACAACCAAGAUAGUCAUCGGCGUGAGCUUAUGGAAUGGGUGAGAGGCGCUGGAGGAGCAGUGACUGCAUUUGAUUUUACAACCAAAGGGAUACUCCAAGCUGCAGUGGAAGGGGAACUGUGGAGAAUGAAGGAUUUGAAUGGAAAGCCCCCAGGAAUGAUUGGGUUAAUGCCUCGAAAUGCUGUGACUUUCAUAGAUAAUCAUGAUACAGGUUCCACUCUGCAACACUGGCCUUUCCCAUCAGACAAAGUCAUGCAGGGAUAUGCUUAUAUUCUCACCCAUCCUGGGAUUCCAUCCAUAUUCUAUGACCAUUUCUUUGAGUGGGGUCUGAAAGAGGAGAUUACGAAGCUGAUCAUGAUCAGAACCAGGAACAGGAUCAAGCCCAACAGCGCAGUGCGGAUUCUGGCCUCUGACUCGGACCUCUAUGUAGCUGCAAUAGAUGGGAAGAUCAUUGUCAAGAUUGGGCCAAGGUUUGAUGUUGGGAACCUUGUUCCUCAAUCCUUCAAAAAAAUUGCCACUUCUGGAAAAGAUUAUUGUGUAUGGGAGAAAAAAUAAUCUUGAUGAGCAAAUCCCAGUAAGUACUUUGUUCACAUAAUGAGUUGGGAAUCCAUCUAUUAAUUAAAUCUGGAAAA